AUGGCGUGCGUGGCGUCCGGGCGGGGGUCGUGGUCGCACAUUCCUGGCGGAAGAGAGACUGCCGCUCAAUUCAUAAUCAAUCUCUCGUCAUCGUGCUUAUUAUUCAGGGAUUAUCGUAAAUAUAUUGAAAUUAUUAUCGUGAAUAAACUUCAGUUAUUAUCCAUGUCCGAGCACCAUCACGCCCACGGCCAGUGUGAUCACGACCACGGCCACGGCCACGCCCACGGCCAGUGCGACCACGCCCACGGAGGGCCAGUGCAGUGCGACCACAGCGCGGGCGUGGGCGGGGGGGACUUCGACGACCCGCUGUUCCAGAAGCAGGACUGGGGCGUGGAGGACUGGCUGCAGAUGUAUGAAAAGUUUCCUGACAUGAGGGAAAAGGGCCAACCUUCCAAGGCCUUGCUGAAGUACCUGACGGAAAUCCUUCCUUCCGAGCCAGGGAGGGUGUUGCUCCCUCUGUGUGGAAAAAGUCCGGACCUUAGGUGGCUGUAUGACCGUGGAAACACUGUUGUGGGAAUUGAGUGUGCUGAGAAGGUGGUGAAAAACUUCUAUGAGACUUACCCUGAUCUCAAGCAUACUGUCCAUGACCUGCCUUAUGGUAAAGUCUACAAGAGUGAAGAUGAGCGUCUACAAGUGUAUAUCUGCAACGUCAUCCACAUCCCAGAGGGAGAACUGGGAGAGUUUGACGCGGUGUUUGACUGGGCUGCCUACACUGCCAUCCACACGAAGGAGAGGCAGAAGUAUGUUGACAUCAUGAAGUCCUGCAUGAAGCCUGACUCCCGGUACUUCCUUGAGGUGUGUCAUGACCUGGAGGAAGGCGCGAAGGGAACUCCGAACUCCAUCUCUUUCCGCACAAUCAAGCUGGAAUUUGGAUGGGACCGAAAGAUGAAGUUUUUGGAGACGAAGGAUAUAUCAGACGAAUGGAAUGUGAAGAGUUUCUUUAACACCUUCCUCGUGUUCCUCCCCAAAUAAAUGUCAAGUUUCACCUUUCUCCGUCAUCUCUAUGUUCGUAUCUUCGUCGUCUUGUUCUAAGUCUUCUGUUGUCUUUUUUUCCUUUCUGUCUUCGAGUCAUUUUAUUUUCUUUGUUUUUACCUCUUCCCUUUUUUUUCUUUUUACUGUCUUCUCCUUACUGUUUUUCUUUUCAUAUUUGUUCUUCUUUGGCUGGCUUGUAUAGCCAAAGGCAAGCAAUCAUUGUGUAAUUAAUUCCUGUUUGAUUGAUAAUAUAUUAAUUAUCAGUUGAUGUUGAUGGUGAACAAAAUUGUGCUUUGCAUGGUCGGUGGAUCCAUAUUUUCUAUUCACAAUGAUAAUGAAACACAAAACAAAUAUAUUAAUAUUUUUUGGUCUCAGGCAUUAAAUUGAAGCCAAGAAAAUGGUGUUCACAUAGAAUGAUAGACAGCAAAGGAAACAAAUAUAUUCUAUAACAUGUCUGUAUUAUUACAAACCAUAUUUUGUAAUGUCCUGUUUUGUAAGUCUAUUGCAAGUGACAGAUUACUGUGAAGAAGUUCAAAAUGUAAUUAUCAUAAUUAACUAUGGUUAGAUAUUAAACAUAGUUAGCCACAAAUGUUAAAUAGUGCAAAUUAAAGUUCCUUCAAUUAUCAUGUUGUUUGAGAAAGAAGUGGAUGAAAAUCAGUAUAUAUAUAUAUUUUUUUUCUUCUUUUACUGAUGUGCAUUUCUGCUGAAGAUUACAAAGGUGAUUAAGUGAUUGAUUUUGUUAAAGAUUAUUAUUUCACCAAAAAGCAGGUGAUUACUGAAUAUGAUCCUUUAUAUCAUAUUGAUUCUAAAAACAGAAUAUGAACACAUCUCAUUGAAUCUUUAUUUAAGGGUUUAUAUAUUAACAACCAAGCUGGUUACAAUAGCAUUAAACGACAAAAGAAACAUAGUACAUUAAAAUUAAAAUCUUUGCAGUGUUUUGACUGAUAUAUAUAUAUAUAUAUAUUUAUGUUAAAUAUUACAAAGGAGUUCAAAUGACAUUGAGUUUGUAAUAGAUUUUGUAUCAUUUCACACAAAAAGCAGGUGGUUAUUGUAUAUGAUUUAUUGUGACAUUUUGAUUGUUGAAAUAAAAUGUCUGAUUAAAUCUU